ACCAUCUGGCCUCCGCGGUUCCGCGGUUGAACGUUACAGUCCAGAUUUUUAAUUUAUUCCAAGUGUUAAAUGGAUCAAUUUUAAUUUGUUGCGUAAAGUGUUCGAGAAAAAAAAAAAUACCCGCUACAAUGGAGAACCGACCGGACUAUCUUACCCAGAAGCAGCUAAAGCCGCUGAUGCCGGAGAACAUGAGGAGCGAGCUGAUGGCCGCCCUCAAGUCCCAGAACGUCCAGCACAACCGGUCCCGGUCCAUUAGAAACCUGAAAAAGUUUAACUUUAGCUCACCGACGAUUCCGGGCAGUCCAACUCCGGCCACGCCAACGCACAACGAAGAGGACAAACGGUCCCAGCUGCGGCUGCAGGCCAUCCAGGAGAUUCGAACCUCCGAGCUGAGCUACCUCAAGCAGUUGGACCUGCUGAUCAAUUACUUCGUGGCGCCUCUCAAGUCAAACGGGUUGAUUCUUGAACGGGAGCACGGACAAAUCUUUGGCCAGCUCGAGACCAUCUACAAUUUAAGCCAGGAGCUGCUGAAGAAGCUGGACGACGAUCUGGACAACGUGGUGCGGGCUUUUAUGAAUUUGGGGCCGUUCUUCAAGCUUUAUUCGGUUUAUGCGUUCGACUAUCGGAACUCGCUUUGCACGCUGCAGAAUCUGAUGCAGAAGAAUGCGGCCAUGAAGCGGUUCGUAACGAACGCCGAGUGUCGUCCGGAGGUUCAGACCAAGCUGAUUUCGCUGUUGAUUACGCCGAUUCAACGUAUUCCGAGGUACAAGUUACUGCUGCAGCAGGUUCUCCUGUACACGAGUCCGUCGGACGGAUCAUACAAACAACUGCAGGAGUCAAUUCAGCUUGUCGAGCAAUCCGUCUCGCAUAUUAACUCCGUCGUGGAGGACUUUGAAAAUACCCAGCGAUUGAUAACGAUUCAGAACUCGUUUACGAACAAAUCGCUGGGAAUUGUUAAACCUGGCAGGAAGAUUCUCAAAGAAGGCGUCCUUCGAAAGCUGAAAACCGAUGGAAGCACCUCGAAGAAGUAUUGCAUUCUGAUGUCCGAUUUGUUCAUCUAUUGCCGAAUGCUCAAAGAUCAGAAUCAUCUGUUCACGGAAAACGGGCUGGACUGUUGCUGCAUUUUCCCUCUGAAAAAGUGCAAAGUUCUCGAAAUGUUCAGCGGAAACUUCAAGAUCAGCUGCAGCGGCGACGGGACAAUCUUCUCCUCGGAUAACCCAGAAGAGAGCCGAAGCUGGUAUCAGACCGUCCGUGACGCCAUCGAACUGCACGUCCAGUGUCGAAAGACACUACGCAAGCUAUCCAGCAAUCGGAAGCCGAUGCGCAAAAAGCACAUCCAACGCCUGGACCCCGAAGACGACUACCUGUGGCUGUUGCGCCGCAAAACGGCCAGUCCACAAAAAUCCCCGAAGGCCCAUCGCCCCGGUUCCUCGCUUUGGCCAUUCCGGCAGCUAAACUGCCUCAAAGCGAACCGCUCCUUCCAGGACGAGUCGAUGGUGACGGUGACGAGUCCCCUGCGGCGGCCCGAGUCGUUGCUGAAUCAAAGGGCGGUGGAGGCGGCGGCGGCAGCUUCGCCGCAAAGCAAUGAGCCGUACCAAAGGCGUAUUGACGUGGCGGCACCGGGAUCGAGCGGUGCACCGCAGGGAACAGGACGGAAGCAGGUGCACUUUCAGCUGCCGGCGUCGUAUUAUAAGCGGUAUUGAGGGAUUUGUUUUUUUUAAAGAUUUCUGGUGUUGAAUCUCGACGUUUUACUUAUUUUAUUGCAAACGUACUGAAUUUUUUACAAACAAUAAUAUAUUCUUAUGCAUUUAAUUCAUAUGAAAAGAACGUAGUAUUUUUUUUAUUUUU